GCGGCAGCGGCGGCUGGAGACAGAGCAGGGGGCGGCAGCGGCACGGAGCUAGCAGCGGCAGACUGGGAAAACUGAGGGCAAGCUCAUCGUGGAGAACCUAUGGCUGUGAUGCAGUUUUGAACCUGGGUCUCCGAGGCCAAGACUAGUGUUGUGUUUGAUGGACUACUUGGAAAUGUGUGUUUAACAGGCUGAAUGAGCUGCCCGUGUCUGGCCCUGCCUGACCCCAGGCAACUCCCUGGUGAUCAUGUGGUGGCUGCUGCUUACCACCACAACCACCGCUGCCAUUCUCCUCUCCUUGCCACCACCUGCCUGGGGCAUCCUGCCCACGCGUGCCCUCUUCACAGUCUCGGACAUGGCCCUCACCCACUUGGCUGUUCACCAUGACACGGGCGAGGUCUACCUAGGCGCCAUCAACCGCAUCUACAAGCUCUCCGCCAACCUGACCCAGCUGCGGGCUCACUCGACGGGCCCGGUGCUCGAUGACCCCCGGUGCUACCCUCCACCAGGCGUGCGGCUCUGCGCCCACCGCUUGGCCCCUGCCGACAACAUCAAUAAGUUGCUGCUGAUUGACUAUGCCAGUGGUCGCCUGGUGGCCUGCGGCAGUGUCUGGCAAGGAGUGUGCCAGCUCUUGCGCUUAGAUGACUUGGCUAAGCUGGGCGAGCCACACCAACGCAAGGAACAUUACCUCUCUGGCGGGCGCGAGCCGGAUGCCAUGGUUGGCGUGAUCGUGGAGCAGCAGAGGGAGCCCAGCCAGUUCUUUGUGGGCACAUCGAUUGGGGGCCGCUCAGAAUACUUCCCCACCUUGUCCAGCCGCCGCCUGACCCCUGAUGCCAACAGUCCUGAGAUGUUCAGCCUCGUUUAUCAGGACGAGUUUGUGUCCUCCCAGAUCAAGGUCCCUUCGGACACCCUCUCGCUCUACCCGGCCUUCGAUAUCUACUACGUGUCGGCAUUUGUGUCUGGUGGUUUCGUCUAUUUCCUCACCUUGCAGCUUGACACUGCCCAGACGCCCCUGGAGCCGGCGGGAGGACCGGUUGGCCCGGGCGUGUCUGGCGGGGAGCGCUUCUUUUCCUCCAAGAUUGUACGUCUAUGUGCCAACGACACAGACUUCUACUCUUACGUGGAGUUUCCCCUGGGCUGCUCCAAGGAUGGCGUGGAGUACCGCCUCGUGCAAGCUGCUCAGCUGGCCAAGGCAGGUAGGCAGUUGGCCCAGUCGCUGGGCAUUGCCGAGGGGCAGGAUGUGCUCUACGCUGCCUUCUCGCAGGGCCAGAAGAACCGGGCAGCACCACCCCGAGAGAGCCUUCUUUGCCUCUUCAUGCUGGACGAGGUCAACCAGCGCAUCCGCGAGCGCAUCCAGUCGUGCUACCGUGGCGAAGGCCGGCUCUCCCUUCCGUGGCUUCUCAACAAAGAGCUGCCCUGCAUCAACACGCCCAUGCAGAUCAAUGGGAAUUUCUGUGGGCUGGUGCUGAACCAGCCCUUAGGGGGACUACAGGUUAUCGAGGGACGCCCAUUGCUGGAGGAGAAGACUGAGGGCAUGGCCAGCGUUGCUGCCUAUACCUAUCGUGGCCACUCGGUCGUCUUUAUUGGAACCCGGGCUGGUAACCUGAAGAAGGUGCGUGUUGACAACCCGAACGAGGCUCAUCUCUACGAAUCCGUGCCGGUGAUGCCUGGAGAGCCCCUGCUGCGUGACAUGGUCCUGAGUCCUGACAAGCGCUACCUCUACUUGCUCAGUCAAAGACAGGUGGUGCGGCUGCCGGUGGAGAACUGCGAACAGUACUUGUCUUGUGCUGAGUGCUUGGGUUCCAGAGAUCCCCACUGUGGCUGGUGUGUCCUGCACAACAGGUGCUGUAGAGAAAGCGAGUGCCCCCGCACUGCAGAGCCUCACCGUUUCACGACGACUCUGACCCAAUGUGUGCGGCUGCUUGUCGAGCCCAAUAACAUCUCAGUGACGGAGCCCAGCAUUGUGCUUCAGCUUACUGUCCACAAUGUCCCAGACCUGACUGCUGGUGUGACUUGUUCCUUUGAAGGCCUUGGAGAGAGCGAGGGGCAGCUCCAGAUGGAUGGGGGAAUCCGGUGCCUUUCCCCUACAUUGCGGGAUGAGCCCCCUGGAGAGUACGGUGAUGUUCGCACAGUUAAACUCCGACUUCUCUCCAUGGAGACGGGUGUGGAAUUUGCCAGCACAAACUUCGUCUUUUAUGACUGCAGCCUUCUACGCACGUGCCUGUCCUGUGUCAGCAGCCAUUACCCUUGCCACUGGUGUAAAUACAGGCACACGUGCACCCACAACGUUGCCAAGUGCUUCUUCCUAGAGGGACGGGUCAACACCACUGAGGGCUGCCCAGAGCUGCUUCCUGGUGGGGAAAUCUUGAUACCUGUCGGAGUGUUACAACCCAUUACCCUGCGUGCCAAGAACCUCCCGCAGCCUCAGUCGGGCCAGAAGAACUACGAAUGUGUCCUGGGCAUCCAAGGCCGCCAACAGCGGGUCCCAGCCGUGCGCUUCAAUUCGAGCAGUGUCCAGUGCCAGAACACCUCAUAUUGGUACGACGGUGAAGAAGUUGGGGAGCUGCCCCUGGAUUUCGAUGUCAUUUGGGACGGAGACUUCGCCAUUGACAAGCCGCCGGGGUUCAAAGCUCUGUUGUACAAGUGCUCGGCCCAGCGCUCUAGCUGUGGGCUCUGCCUUAAGUCAGACCCGCGGUACGAGUGUGGUUGGUGUGUCCCUGAACGCCGUUGUCUCUUGCGGCCUCACUGCCCUGCUUCCCGGCAGAAUUGGGUCCCAUCUGGCCGGCGUGGGGCCCGCUGUGCCCAUCCCCGCAUCACCCAGGUAUUGCCACUGACUGGCCCCAAAGAAGGUGGAACACGGGUGACAGUUUGGGGCGAGAACCUGGGCCUUUAUUUCAACGAGGUGGGGGUACGUGUGGCAGGUGUGCGCUGCAGUUCCCUCCCUGCCGAAUACAUCAGUGCCGAAAGGCUGGUGUGUGAACUGGAGCCAUCGCUCUUGCCCGACCCUCCCCCCGGGCCUGUGGAGCUCUGUGUAGGCGACUGCAGCGCGGACUACCGGACCCAGUCGGAUACGCCCUUCACCUUUGUGACACCCAGCUUUCAUGGGGUGGACCCGGAACAAGGUCCCACCUCUGGUGGGACAAGAAUCAGCCUCUUAGGGACCCAUCUGGACGCUGGGAGCAAUGUCAGUGUUGUAAUCCGUGGAGCACCGUGUCGCUUGAUCAGACGUAGUGCAGGGGAGAUUGUCUGCUUGUCUCCCCACUCCGCGCUAGGCCCGGGCCCUGCCAAUCUCAGCCUUCGCAUUGAUCGUGCGAACAUCAGCACCAAUGGUACUAUCUCCUUCCGCUACAGUCCUGACCCGGUUGUCACGGCGGUAGAGCCCACCUGGAGCAUUGCCAACGGUAGUACCAGUCUCACAGUGAGUGGGACCCACCUGCUGACAAUCCAAGAGCCGCGGGUUCGAGCUGCCUAUGGCGGAAUAGAAACCAUCAAUAGUUGCCAAGUGCUAAAUGACUCAGUGAUGUUGUGCAAAGCCCCAGGCAUUGUGCCCGGGGAGCAGGCACUGCCCCUUGGGGGCGCUCACCCUGACGAGUUUGGCUUCCUCUUGGACGAUGUGGCUGCCACCCGUACCCUGAACCGCUCGGCCUUUACCUAUUACCCCAACCCCAGCUUUGAGCCAUUUGGCCCCAGCGGCAUCCUGGAAAUUAAACCUGGGUCCCACGUUGUCCUCAAGGGCAGGAACCUGAUCCCGGCUGUGUCAGGCAGCACACGGCUCAACUACACAGUGCUGAUUGGUGGAGAGCCCUGCACCUUGACCGUCUCGGAAACCCAAUUGCUGUGCGACUCGCCAAGCCAAACUGGGGAGCAGCCAGUCACGAUCCUGGUGGGGGGUCUGUCUUUCUCCCCGGGGACCCUGCACAUCUACCCCGAGGCAGCCCUGCCUCUUCCAGCUCUUGUUGGGUUAGGCGCAGGAGGAAGCCUGCUUCUCGGGGCCAUCAUCGGGGUGCUGGUGGCCUACAAGCGGAAGACACGGGAUGCUGACCGUACCCUGAAACGCCUGCAGCUUCAGAUGGACAACCUGGAGUCCCGCGUGGCCCUGGAGUGCAAGGAAGCUUUUGCUGAGCUGCAGACGGACAUUAACGAGCUGACAAACAACAUGGAUGGAGUGAAGAUCCCUUUCCUGGACUAUCGGACGUAUGCGAGGCGUGUGCUCUUCCCAGGGGUGGAUGAUCACCCGGCACUGCAGGAAACCAGUACCCCGCCAAGCACAGAGAAAGGGCUCCGUCUCUUUGGGCAGCUGCUGCACACGCGCCCCUUCCUGCUGACCUUCAUCCACACGCUGGAGGGCCAGCGUGGCUUCUCCAUGCGGGACCGAGGGGCUGUGGCUUCUCUGACUAUGGUGGCCCUGCAGGGCAGGCUUGACUACGCUACCGGAGUGCUGAAGCAGCUGCUGGCUGACCUCAUUGAGAAGAACCUGCAGAAUCGUGCCCACCCCAAGCUUUUGCUCCGCCGGACGGAGUCGGUGGCUGAGAAAAUGUUGACCAAUUGGUUUACUUUCCUGCUGCACAGGUUCCUCAAGGAGUGUGCUGGCGAGCCGCUAUUCAUGCUCUUCUGUGCCAUCAAGCAGCAGAUGGAGAAAGGCCCGAUAGAUGCCAUCACAGGCGAGGCACGCUACUCGCUGAGCGAGGACAAGCUCAUUCGCCAGCAGAUCGAUUACAAGACCUUGACAUUGUUAUGCACUCCCCCUGAGCCCCCCGGUGGCCCUUCGGUGCCUGUCAAGGUGUUAAACUGUGACUCGGUGACGCAAGUGAAGGAGAAGUUGCUGGACGCUGUGUACCGAGGGGUGCCCUAUUCGCAGCGUCCACGUGCUGAGGACAUGGAGCUGGGUAUGAAGGCAGGAACAUGGGAGAAAGCAGAGUGGUGUCAGGGCAGUGGGGGCCGGACCAUCCUACAGGACGAGGAUGCCACCAGCAAGAUUGAAGGAGACUGGAAGCAUCUCAACACGCUAGGGCAUUAUCAGGUAGCGGAUGGCUCCGCAGUGGCUCUGGUUCCUAGGCAGGCGUCGGGCUAUAAUAUUGCCAGCUCCUUCACUUUCACCCACUCACUGAGCCGCUAUGAGAGUUUGCUGCGCACCUCCAGCAGCCCUGAGAGUUUGCGUUCGCGAGCCCCCAUCCUCACUCCGGACCAAGAUUCAGGCACCCGUCUCUGGCAUCUGGUCAAGAACCAUGAGCAUCUCGGAGACCCCAAGGAAGGGGAACGAGGGAGCAAGAUGGUGUCUGAGAUCUACCUCACCCGGCUUCUUGCCACCAAGGGCACGUUGCAGAAGUUUGUGGACGACCUGUUUGAGACUGUGUUCAGCACAGCACACCGGGCCAGCGCCCUACCCCUGCCCAUCAAGUACAUGUUUGACUUCUUGGACGAGCAGGCAGAGCGGAGGCAGAUAGGCGACCCAGAUGUUCGGCAUACCUGGAAAAGCAACUGCCUGCCCUUGCGGUUUUGGGUGAAUGUCAUCAAGAACCCACAAUUUGUUUUCGAUAUCCACAAGAGCAGCAUCACGGAUGCCUGCCUCUCUGUAGUGGCCCAGACCUUCAUGGACUCAUGCUCCACCUCUGAGCACCGCCUGGGCAAGGAUUCCCCUUCGACGAAGCUGCUGUAUGCCAAGGACAUCCCCGUCUAUAAAGGCUGGGUGGAAAGGUACUACCGGGAUAUCACCAAGAUGGCUUCAAUCAGUGAUCAAGAUAUGGAUGCAUACCUAGUGGAGCAAUCACGGCAACACGCUGGCGAAUUUAACACACUGGGUGCACUGGGGGAGCUCUACAGCUAUGUAGGAAGGUACCGUGAUGAGAUCCUGACAGCGCUGGAACGUGACGCCGCCUGCCGGAAACACAAAUUGAGGCUGAAGCUUGAACAAGUCAUCACUCUCGUUUCUGGAAAUAGCUGAGAGUGUGGGGGGGAGCAGGGGGCAAAGGGGGGGCACGCAGCCAACGUAGAUAGAUGGAUGCAUCAGAAAGGACUCUACCUCCAACCUUGACUUGUGGCCUCACCAAGGGCGACAGACUUGGCGUUUUUAACCUCCCUGUGGGCAAGAGACAUGUGGCCUUUUGCCCUCUAAGGCCGAAAUCCUGGGGUUGCAGAAAGAGGUUGUGGUGCCCCCUCCCCCCUUCACCCCAGAAGCAAUAACAAGCACCCUUUUCCUUUGUAUCUAUAUUGGGAGGGGCAACUCAGAAUGGGCAAUGAGGUUGGGGUGCAGCCAGAUAGUGCCCCAUCCCCCCCUCAUACUGGCAGCUAAAUGGAGAAUCCCUCACCCCAAAUGUUUGUGGACCCUCCCUUUAAUCAUACGGACCAUUCCCUAGUCCCCCACUCCUUGUUGGUAGCUGGUGGAAUUUGCCCUUGUUCUGUUUUUGGUAACCAUGACAAUUGGGUAUUUUUAAUCCUUACCUGACAACCCCCCUCCCCUCCCCACCCCACUCACCCCCACCCCACCUGUUGUGCCCUCACUGGGUGCAGUGCCUUACUCAUUAAUUUAUUAUUGCAUCUUGUUAAGAUUAUUGGCUGUAAAUGAUUCCAUUCCCUGGGUGUAGAGAUUUCAGUGUACAAAGUCCUCCAUUUCCCCCUCAUUCUUGGGAGUCUGUGUAAAUAUUUGCACUGCAGCCUGGAGGGAUUCAAUACCCACACUCCUCUUAAAAAUGAAAUGAAAUAAUUAAAAAUCCCCAUCAGGGGUUAAGGAAUUGGGGUGGGAGUGUCCCUGCAGCUGCACGGGCUUUUUAUUGGUUCAUUUUAUAAUUAAUUUUUCUUUUGCUAAAUAAAAGCCUGGAAAAAUGAUUGUUUUGAU